AUGGCAACAAACACCCCAGCAACGAUCUCAGUGGAGCACAUAUUCAUUCCUGACGGCCUUCCGGCGUUUAUGCAAACUCUCUAUAGCCUUCCGAAUUGCCCUCCUUCCCUCUAUCUUACCGUCAGUAGCUCCACCAGCUUGGUGAUCUAUGUCGCCCCAGCGUCACAGAUCGCUAUCAUCAAGCUGUCAGAGCUCAGGACUGCCCUUGAUCAACAGGAUCAAAAUGCACUAGCCUUGAAAUCUCUACUCGAGCAUGGCCCAAAGACAAAGGUCUUCUUUGAUGCUCGCGAUGCAGCAAAGGUCCUGUUUGAGCGGAGCGCUGACUAUGAUAUUGAGGUCUGCGUCAUGCAAUCCGAGGUUCACGAAGUGCAGUUGAUGGAGCUUACAAGUCGCCAACGUGGCAGAAAUGGCGUAUGGCUUGCUGGAUUCGACAAAUGCAUCAUGGCGGAAUCGAAGCUCGACCUCAACCAAAUACAAUUCUCCGACUACGGCACCUUCGAUAAACGCAUUCUCCACCUCCCGAUCUUGUGGGGGAAAUAUCAUGCCUUGCUCCUGAAGCUAAAGUCCGGCAGUAAAUUCUGGAUAUCGGAGGUUCGCUGUGCAACCAAGAAGCGACUGGACUUUGCGCACGGCAAAAAACACCCAGGUCAUAACUGUGAAGGUGCUAGGAUCUGGUGGGACAGUACGUAUCUUGAUGAAGCGACGGACUCCUGGAAUGAAGACAUCCUUUCGGAUGCGUAUAGUGGAGGGGACUAUCUAGGUGGUGCGGAACAUUGGUCUCUGUUUAACAAGUUGUGA